AGAUGAGAGGCUAUCUAUUCAUCCAAGCCACGUGGAUUCCCUGCACUCAUUUUGAUCAAAUGAUAUUAAUUUUUCUUUUCCUUUCCUCAAAACAAACUGAUACUCCUUGCGUGGUGUUGCUGAGAGCGGAUCAUUUCAUUCAAUUCCCAGUCGAGUAAAAUGGCCACCUUUUCUGCUGGCACUGCAACCUCAUCUCUUGCACGUGCUGCCCUCAUGCAAAAGGCAUCCGUCGCAAGGCAUUCAUCCGUUCUUGGGUUGCCAUCAAUGGCAAAGAUGGGAAAAAUGAGAUGCUCCAUGGAGGGAAAGCCUCAAGAGAGUGACUCAAAUUUAGGCAUGGGAGCAUCUUUAAUGGCAGCUGCCACCUGCGCCGUCACCAUGUCCGGUCCGGCCAUGGCUCUUGUGGAUGAGCGAAUGAGCGCGGAGGGAACUGGCCUCCCUUUUGGCUUGAGCAAUAACCUACUUGGUUGGAUCCUUUUGAGUGUGUUUGCGUUGAUUUGGUCUCUUUAUACUGUCUACACUUCCACUCUUGAAGAGGAUGAGGAUUCAGGGCUGUCCCUUUGACGAUGAAGUUUUAUAGUAUUUUUUUGUAAUACUAUGUUGAUUCUUGUCUAAACUUUUGAAAUGCUGUUUUAUUGUGCUUUUCUAGUUCUGCUUCUUGCAAUUAGGGCCAUCUUAUGGUACAAUUAUUGUGCUAUAUUGUGCAUUGCACGUGUUAGCUAGAUAUGCUUGGUUUAGAUGCUGUUAUGGGCAUAUCCUAGUAGCACCUUCUUUCUCUGUGCCACAACACAAGAUUUAUGUGCAGAGAAUGCAAGCAUUCAAGAAAUUGAGUGAAUCUCCUUUGACAUUUUCAA